AACCAUAAUCAUAAUAAAAUAUGGCGCUGAAUCAAAUUUGUUUCAACAAUAAUAUAGAUUUAAAUGCUCAUUUUCACACGCUUUAUUAAAAAUGGUCUCUACAAGAGGUAUCAAAUUAAAAUUUUAUGAAGGAGAAAGAGUGCUGUGCUAUGAACCAGAUCCGACAAAAGCUAAAGUUUUGUAUGAUUCAAAAGUAAUGGAAGUUAUUGUUAAUAAAGAUCCAAGAGGUAGAAAAAAUGUUGAAUAUUUAAUUCAUUUCCAGGGUUGGAAUUCUUCUUGGGACAGGUGUGUGGGAGAAGAAUUCGUGUUAAAAGACACCGCCGAGAACAGACAAUUACAGCGAGAUCUUGCAGAUAAAGCGCAACUACAAUUGGGUGCAUAUUUAUAUAGAAGGGAAAGAAAGAAGCAUAAUCGUAAAUUAAGUGAUAGGAUAUCCCAGUUAUCAGAAGAUGGGAGUUCUGGUAGUCCGACUCACUUAGAUUACCAGACAGAAGACUUGACAAGUAGUUCUGAAGAAGAUUCUUCCAUGGAAGAAGAUUUGGUACCAGUUGAAUUAACUAAGGAUUUGCAGGAAGUUUUGGAAAUUGAUUACCAUUUGAUUCAUGAAAGAAAUAAAUUACAUAAAAUUCCUGCAGAACCAUGCAUUAUUACAAUUUUGGAAAAAUAUUGGAAACAGUAUGCUACAAAUCAAAUUUACUGCUUGACAGAGAAAUCUAAUAGUGGCAGGUAUAGAAACCAACAAAAAAAGAAACCAGAAGAAAUUCAGAGAAAUUUAAAUGUUUGUAAGGAGGUCCUAGAUGGACUGAGAAUUUACUUUGAUUUUACUUUAAACGAUCUGUUGUUGUACAGGAAGGAACAAGGGCAAUGUGAAACAGCUGCUGCUACGUUCAUGUCCUCUAUACCAACAAUCAAACAUGAAGUAUUAGUUAAAACAGAGCUGGAAGAUUUAGAAUACGCGCACUUGCCUAAUAUGGGGCCUGAAGAGGACAUUCUUGAGCGAAAUAACGGCCAAGAAUUUACUGAAAGUAAUUGUACACCUGCUAAACGAAGAAUUCUCCGUUCUUAUCGUUCUCAGGACUCUGAAACCAACGGCAACACCCCUGAAUUGUCGCAAAAUUCAUCCACAAAUGUUGAACAGGAAGUUCCCACAGCAAUUGCAAAAAUUGUAAAUUGGAAGAUUCUCCCAGAUCAUGUUUAUUCCCAGCAGCCGCCCCCUCCUUCUCUUGUUUAUGGGGCAACCCACUUACUUCGUUUAUUCGUAAAAUUGCCUGAACUUCUUAAUUCUUCGAGUAUGGCUGACAAUAAGCUAAAAGUACUAUUAAGGCAUUUGGAUGAUUUCAUAGACUACUUAAGUGAUCAAAAGGAAUUGUUUGGAGAGAAGUAUUACACAGAAGCUUAAAAUAAAAUGUACAACUGUUUAAAGAAUGUUUGUAUUUGGUAACAAAUAAAUAUUGUAAAAUUAG